CGCAGAAAACUUCUUCAAAAAGGACAGAGGGCGAGGGGAAAAAAAAGGGAACGCGCUAUAAAAUGCGGCCACCGCCCUCCGCCUCCCACCUCUCUCUCGCGUUCGAGGCGAAGCCGACGACGAGCUCAGCAGCGCCGGCUGGCCCCUUCCUCGAGAAUAGGUGUAAAUUAGAGUAAAAGAUAGUGAUGUGGCGUCGCUGGAUUUGCUGCAAUUGCCAAGUGGAUAAAUCCGAUCAACGUGAAAAUGGGCAUAUCAAGGCCACAACCGAUAAUGCUGACAGGAUGACAAAGGGGCUCAAAGAUUCUGCUACUGGAAAAGUCGAGCCACAAAAGGCUGCUCCCCCUAUCAAUAUUCCUGUUCUAUCCUUGGAUGAACUGAUAGAAAAAACUGAUGACUUUGGGUCAACAGCUUUGAUAGGUGAAGGUUCUUAUGGGAGAGUGUACUAUGCCGUCCUUGAUAAUGGAACAAAAAUGGCAGUGAAAAAACUUGAUUCUACUGAAAAUGAAGCCACCAAUGAAUUCUUGACCCAGGUUUCAUUGGUUUCGAGGCUGAAGCAUGAAAACUUCGUAGAUAUGUUGGGUUAUUGUACAGAACGUAAUCUUCGCAUUGUAGCCUUUGAAUUUGCCACCAUGGGUUCUCUGCAUGAUGUUCUACAUGGAAGAAAAGGAGUUCAAGGUGCUCAACCUGGCCCAGCACUUGAUUGGAUGCAGCGAGUGAAAAUUGCUGUUGAUGCUGCCAAAGGACUUGAAUAUCUGCAUGAGAAAGUUCAGCCUUCGAUUGUCCAUAGGGAUAUUAGAUCAAGUAACAUCCUCUUAUUUGAGGACUUCAAGGCAAAGAUAGCAGACUUCAAUCUCUCAAAUCAGGCUCCAGAUAUGGCUGCCCGGUUGCAUUCUACUCGUGUGCUGGGAACCUUUGGAUAUCACGCACCAGAGUAUGCAAUGACUGGUCAGCUAACCCAGAAAAGUGAUGUAUAUAGCUUUGGAGUAGUUCUCUUGGAGGUUUUGACAGGUAGAAAGCCAGUGGACCAUACAAUGCCUAGAGGGCAGCAGAGCCUCGUAACCUGGGCUACACCGAGAUUAACUGAAGACAAGGUGCAGCAGUGUGUAGAUCCUCGGUUGAUGGGUGAAUAUCCAGCAAAAGGAGUCGCAAAGCUCGCUGCUGUAGCAGCUUUGUGUGUGCAAUACGAAGCUGAGUUCCGCCCAAAUAUGAGCAUUGUGGUCAAGGCUUUAUCUGCGCUGCUCGUAAGUAAGCAGACUCAAACACCUGCACCACCACUUGCCGUUGACAGUUGAUGCAUAGAAUUAACCGAAGUAAGUUCUUUUUCCUUGGAUAUCUUAUCACAUAUAUGGGCCAGGAAGUUAUAUUUGAUGAGUUGCAGUCGUGCAGAAUGCCUGGAACACACUGAUUUGGACAGACAGUUCACUCUUUGCAAUAUCUGUUAGGUUGCAAAUAGGAUAGGAAACAGCUUGGAUAAUGCACACAAUGGCUCAAUUCACCUCUCAGACUUCAACAACUAACUGCAUGAAGGACGUCUUCAGUACUGCAAGGAGCAUCUGCGGUUCUGUAACAAUGUUCAUAUUUAUCUUUCAGGAGACCUGAAUUCUGAUGCAAGUCUGCAUUCUGGCUGGCUAUAGGAACUUAAUGCCUGUACUUGGGUCAAAUAUAUAAACUGGAAUGUGCAGAUGCCUAAUUUACAAGUCACGGGAAUUCGUUCAAAAUAGCUUGGGUCUGUCAUUUGACGUGGUCUCGUGGACAUAUUUUGCUCAGUGAGCUACAUGAAAUGUGGACCGGGAAACUGGCGCCUUAAAUUGAUUUCAUAAAAUUCUGGUAUCAUUGGCAA